AUGGCAACCCCUCUUUCCUCCGCCCCUCCUCCCUUCGUCCCAGUCCAACUGGAUCCCACCAAGGACUCCGGUAAGGACGCCGAAGGAACCUUUGCUAACCCGGAGAAAACCUCCGGGGAGGAACAGGCAGAACAGAAGGCGGAAAAAAUUGCCGCCAAGAAAUCCAAGGCUCGUCAGCGAGACUCUGAAGCCAAAGGGAAAUGGUGGCCCUGCACCACCACUGAAAUGGAACCGAAGAACUUGGAGGCGGAAGGUUUCCUGCUUCCCGGAAGCUGGCGAACAGUUCCGGGUUCCCUGGCUCCAGCCCCUCAGGAUGGCGAGAUGGUGGUAACUAAGGCGCUGGUGGAGCGAGAAGUAGAGGUUCCGCCCAAGGCCACCUCAACCGCCAAGCCGGAUCCAAAAGACGUCAUCAAUAUUGAUGAUAUUCCGGAGGAUCCAACUAUCGAGACUGACAAGGGCGAUUCCGGCAAGGGCGCCUCCUCAUCUGCACCUCCACCUAAGCAGCCCGCUGCUACCUCCACAGACGCUCCGACUGAACAAGUCGAGAGAAAACUCCUCUUGAGCGGCGCCACUGGAACGCCCCAGACUCAUCCUCACUUCUUCCCAAAUCUGCAAAAGGUCUCCCUUUCACAGCGCCACGCGGAAAUCUCCGCCAUGAUGGAGCAAGUGUGGGGGCCUGCGAACACGGAGGAACAAGAGCUGACUGAGCUUGAGAGCGGCAUCAAGGCUUUCUUCGCCAAGCACAAGAAUGUGCGUCAGAACACGCGGAAGCUGCACGAUGACUUACGCAUCCAUGUGCUGGAGCAGAAAAAGGAGAUAGAACUACUGCAAACCAGGGACACGGAUAGUCAGAAAGCCAUCGCGCAGCUGGAAAAACGCCUCAAGGGUUAUGAAGAAGAAUUUGCCAAGCGCCCCACCAUCGACGCCCUUGCCGCCAAGGUCGAAGUUCUUGAGGCGGAGAAUGAAUCCCUCAAGAAAUUCCUGAAGGAAUCCUCCGAGGAGGAGACCAAGAAGAAAAAAGAACUCUUGGAGAAGCACACUCAAGAGCUGUCGGAUCUUGCUGAAAAACUCAAGAAGAGCCAGCAAAGGAUCCAGACCUUGGCAACCAAGAACAAGAACUACGAGGCGGAGGCGGAGGCUAUUGACAAGAUGAUCUUCCAUAAGGACCUCUUUUUUCUUUCUUUGUGGCUCCGACUACUUCAGACUUGUGCUUCUGCUCACGGAAAAGACUAA